AUGUUCAAUGCCUGGUUCACGCACUGGAAAGUACCAGAAACGACACUGGUCUCGUCUCAGGCGGACUACCGUGACACCCUUCCAACGCGCCCCGAGGAGAUCGCAGAGCAGCUUGCCUCUGUUGUCCAGGAUGGGCGCUGGACUCUUGGCCUCUUCGAGUGCUGGGGGAGCAGGGAGAGGCUGAUCAAGGUAACCGAUGCACAAAAAGUUGCAGCACCAUAUUUCUUAUACCAUAUGUGCGACCUUGCUGCAGACUACACUGCAAGGACGCUCGCAGAGUGCUACUGGUUCGGCAUAGACAGGACCCGAUGGAGCCGCACAGUGCAUGCCCUGUCCCUGGGCCGAGAGUACAGCGAGCCAUUCAGCGGCCUGGGCAGAAACUACCCCACAGACAUCGCCAACCUCUGCAUGUUUGUGUGCUGCCUGGGGUGCGCGAUGGGCCUGGGCAUCGGCCAGAUCAUCUCCAUCUGCGGCAACUACGGCAUCAACUUCGCCGCCCCCUUCACCUGCCACGCCCGCGAGAAGAUGCGCAGCUACUGCGCAUCGCACCAGGAGAUGAGAGAGGCAGUGGUGCGUGGUCUGGAUGGGCCGGGUUUGAGCCCCCUGGACGUGCACCCCAGCUCCUGGGCCCACGUUGAGGGCUUCCAGGCAGAAAUGGAGCACCGUCAGCGCAGACUGGCCGCACUGCAGGAGGAGGGCGUCCUGUUUCUGCCCUUUGAGCAGCGCAUGACUCGCGACAUCAACUCGUUUCGUGAGAGGCGCCAGGCACGCCGCGAGAUGGCUGCCACCUCCGGCAAAUCCAGCCGCGCAGGCCAUGCAGGUGUGACAGAAAGAGUGGACAGUGGGCGUGCAUCUCUCUUGGACAAUGGCCCGUUGCAAAGUGUGGGAGGGGGUGUGGAGAUGGCCUUGCUGGCGGCACCUGGCGACGCUGACCUGGCGGCUGAGCUGGCAGCAGUUGCCACAUCAGCGCCCAAAUCCGGGAAGAUGAAGCGCUCCAACAGCAUUAUGUUCUGA